AUGUUGAACCCUUCUUUCUCUUUAACUCAUAGAACCCAAUUAUCACUUUUGUUUAAGACCAACCCCAGUUCGGAUUCCUGUGGAUUUUCUUCAAAGCAGAAUGCUUUUCUCAGAGGACAAUUUCAUAGCAGACACUUUCUUCACUUCAAGUUAAACCGUAGUCGAAUUAAAUGCACAGGACUUGUGGUUUCACCAAGUUGUGUACUUCCAUUAACUGAAGAAAAUGUGGAGAAGGUUUUAGACGAGGUACGACCUGGCUUGAUGCGUGAUGGAGGCAAUGUGGCUUUACACGAGAUAGAUGGUCUUGUUGUGGUUUUAAAGCUGCAAGGGGCAUGUGGAUCAUGUCCAAGCUCAAGUAUGACGUUAAAGAUGGGAAUUGAAACUAAGCUGCGAGAUAAGAUACCAGAAAUCAUGGAUGUAGAGCAGAUCAUGGACACAGAGACUGGAUUGGAGCUAAAUGAUGAAAACGUCGAAAAGGCUCUUGCUGAGAUUAGACCAUACCUUGCUGGGACAGGAGGUGGAGUACUUGAACUUGUUCAAAUCAAUGAUUAUGUUGUCAAGGUUCGGCUUAGUGGUCCUGCAGCUGGUGUUAUGACUGUUCGUGUUGCCUUAACUCAAAAGUUGAGAGAAACCAUACCCGCCAUUGCAGCUGUCCAGCUGAUAGAUUGA